UCGGUGGGCCGGCGCCCAGCCGGUGGGAGUGCGGAGGAUGAGGCCGCUGCUGGGCGCUCCCGGCGUGGCGGCGGCCGCUGCGUUGUUGCUGCUGCUGCUGCCCCGGGCCCGGGCGGACGAGCACGAGCACACGUAUCAAGAUAAAGAGGAAGUUGUCUUAUGGAUGAAUACUGUUGGGCCCUACCAUAACCGACAAGAGACGUAUAAAUACUUUUCACUUCCAUUUUGUGUGGGGUCAAAAAAGAGUAUCAGUCAUUACCAUGAAACUCUGGGAGAAGCACUUCAAGGAGUUGAGUUGGAGUUUAGUGGUCUGGAUAUUAAAUUCAAGGAUGAUGUGAUGCCAGCCACUUACUGUGAAAUUGACUUAGAUAAAGAAAAGAGAGAUGCAUUUGUGUAUGCUAUAAAAAAUCACUACUGGUACCAGAUGUAUAUAGAUGACUUACCAAUAUGGGGUAUUGUUGGUGAAGCAGAUGAAAAUGGAGAAGAUUACUAUCUUUGGACCUACAAAAAACUUGAAAUAGGCUUUAAUGGAAAUCGAAUUGUUGAUGUUAAUCUAACUAGUGAAGGAAAGGUAAAACUGGUUCCAAAUACCAAAAUCCAGAUGUCAUAUUCAGUAAAAUGGAAAAAGUCAGAUGUAAAAUUUGAAGAUCGAUUUGACAAAUAUCUUGAUCCAUCUUUUUUCCAACACAGGAUUCAUUGGUUUUCAAUUUUCAACUCUUUCAUGAUGGUUAUCUUCUUGGUGGGCUUAGUUUCAAUGAUUUUAAUGAGAACUUUAAGAAAAGAUUAUGCCCGGUACAGUAAAGAAGAAGAAAUGGAUGACAUGGAUAGAGACCUAGGAGAUGAAUAUGGAUGGAAGCAGGUGCAUGGAGAUGUAUUUAGACCAUCAAGUCACCCACUGAUAUUUUCCUCGCUCAUUGGUUCUGGAUGUCAGAUAUUUGCUGUGUCUCUCAUUGUUAUUAUUGUUGCAAUGAUAGAAGAUUUAUAUACAGAGAGGGGAUCAAUGCUCAGUACAGCCAUAUUUGUUUAUGCUGCUACAUCUCCAGUGAAUGGUUAUUUUGGAGGAAGCCUUUAUGCUAGACAAGGAGGAAGGAGAUGGAUAAAGCAAAUGUUUAUUGGGGCAUUCCUCAUCCCAGCUAUGGUGUGUGGCACUGCCUUCUUCAUCAAUUUUAUAGCCAUUUAUUACCAUGCUUCAAGAGCUAUUCCUUUUGGAACAAUGGUGGCUGUUUGUUGCAUCUGCUUUUUUGUUAUUCUUCCUCUGAAUCUUGUUGGUACAAUACUUGGCCGAAAUCUGUCAGGUCAGCCCAACUUUCCUUGUCGUGUCAAUGCUGUGCCUCGUCCUAUACCGGAGAAAAAAUGGUUCAUGGAGCCUGCAGUUAUUGUUUGCCUGGGAGGAAUUUUACCUUUUGGCUCAAUCUUUAUUGAAAUGUAUUUCAUCUUCACAUCUUUCUGGGCAUAUAAGAUCUACUAUGUCUAUGGCUUCAUGAUGCUGGUGCUGGUCAUCCUGUGCAUUGUGACCGUCUGUGUGACCAUUGUGUGCACAUACUUUCUCCUAAAUGCCGAGGAUUACAGGUGGCAAUGGACAAGCUUUCUCUCUGCUGCAUCCACUGCAAUCUAUGUUUACAUGUACUCCUUUUACUACUAUUUUUUCAAAACAAAGAUGUAUGGCUUAUUUCAAACGUCGUUUUACUUUGGCUAUAUGGCGGUAUUUAGCACAGCCUUGGGGAUAAUGUGUGGAGCGAUUGGUUACAUGGGAACAAGUGCCUUUGUCCGAAAAAUCUAUACUAAUGUGAAAAUUGACUAGAGACCCAAGAAAACCUGGAACUUCGGAUCAAUUUUUCUUUCGUGGGGGUGGAACUUGCACAGCAAAAAAAGCGCAAGAAGAGAUUUGGGCUUUAACACUGGGUACUUUGUGGGUCUCUGUUUCACGGAUGGCUUAAAGUAACACCUAUUUCCAUUGAUCCUAGGUUCUCACUGACUGCUUUCUCCAACUGUUCACAGCAAAUGCUUGGAUUUUAUGCAGUAGGCAUUACUACAGUACAUGGCUAAUCUUCCCAAAAACUAGCUCAUUAAAGAUGAAAUAGACCAGCUCUCUUCAGUGAAGAGGACAAAUAGUUUAUUUAAAGCAUUUGUUCCAAUAAAAUAAAUAGAGGGAAACGUGGAUGCUAAAAUUACAUGAAUAGAAAUCUUCCUGGCACUUAGAGUUUCUACAUUAUUGAAAAAUGAUGUUCCAGAAAGAUUACUUUUUUCUCUUAUUUUUACUGCCAUCAUUAACCUAUUGUGGGACAUUUUUAUAUAUUGAAUCUGGGUUCUUUUUUGACCUUUUUUCUUUCGAUUCAACUGCAUCCUUUUUUUUAAAGAGAGAAUUAAAAAAAUAUAAUUCCUGCAUGUAAUAUAUCUGCUGUCAUCUUAGUUGGACCAACUUCCCAUUUAUUUAUCUUAAAACUAUCCAGUUACAUCUUAAUUCCAUCCAAAGAAGAUACAGUCUGAAGAUAGAGGUGUACUCUCUACAAUGCAAUUUACUGUACAGUUAGAAAGCGAAGUGUUAAAUGGAGAAGAUAUUUGUUUUUAUUAAACAUUUUGAGAUUUAGAUAAACAGCAUUUUAACUGAA